AUGCCUAGUCCUAGACUUUGCAGUUCAAGUUGCAGCACCACCUCUAUUAAUAAUCAUGAAUCCAACAAUGAGUCUCUGGAUCAUGACGCCAUCGCUUAUGCUGCUGGUGAAGAUGAAGGGGAAUCGCCAACUAUACAAGAAGAAGAAGAAGAUGACGACGGAGAUGGACAACAGGAAGAACAUAAAAAUGGGGCUCUGUUGCAGGCAGAAGAAAUACCUCAAGCUUUUAGCGCAGAAGAAAAAGGAGGAGGAAGUGAAUCUUUGAUAAAGCAACGAGAAGAAGAGAUGGACAUGCCAGAGCUGGAAACAAAUCGUGUUAGCCACUACCAGUACAGAACAGAUGAACUCAAUAAAAAAUUCGAAGACUUUAUAAGAAAAAUGAAGGAGGAAAUCAGGAUUGAAGCUCAACGACAACCCAUUGCCGUUUAA